AUGGCCAAACUCACCGACUUCAAGCUUCUCUCCUUUGACGUCUACGGUACAUUGAUUGACUGGGAGACCGGUGUCCUGACAGCGCUCCAACCUCUGCUCAGCGAAAACAACAAAUCCGACACCUACACCCGCAGGGAACUCCUAGAGAUCUACCACAAGCACGAGGCUUCUCAACAGCAAAAGACUCCGGACUUAUCCUACUGCGACCUGCUCGCCACAAUCCACCCUGACCUAGCCAAAGACUUGAACUGCAACCCGCCAUCCGAAGAAGAAAAUACAGCAUUCGGAAACUCGGUGGGAAAGUGGCCUGCCUUCCCAGAUACAGUCGACGCACUCCAUCGAUUGGCAAAGCAUUAUAAACUCGUGGUACUCUCAAAUGUAGACCGCAACUCUUUCUCCACCACAAAUUCUGGACCUUUGCAAGGAGUUUCGUUCGAUGCCAUAAUCACAGCUCAAGACAUCGGCAGCUACAAACCCUCGCUCAAGAACUUUGACUUUAUGCUGGAGAGAGUAAAGGAAAAGUUUGGAGUCGAGAAGGCUCAGGUGCUGCAGACGGCGCAGAGUCAGUUCCAUGAUCAUCAUCCGGCCAAGAAGAUGGGUAUCACGAGUUGUUGGAUUGUAAGACCGGGAGCGGAGAUGGGCAACAGAGAUGAAGAGAUUUUCGAUUGGAAGUUUGAUACACUGGGAGAAAUGGCUGAUGCGGUUGAGAAAGAUGCAGCAAAGUAG